GUAGGAACCGAAGGAUGUGUUCGUUUCGCUUUGGUAUUUCAUGAAGAGUUUGAUUCUUAAGGAGAUGUUGGGUGUACAAGAUGAAAUAGUUAGUGGGUUUUGCAGAAAGUCAAAUGUUUAUGGACCCUUUUGGUUUGGAAUCAUGCCUUAGAGUAUCGGAAAAGAGAGGUUAUUUUUAUGUUUUGAAACAUUUGUUGAUGUUAAAAUAUUGUAUUCACUAGUUGAUUAAUAAAACUUAAUGUUGAGCAGUAACAAAUGGCUUUCGGUUUCUAAUAUAAAAGGUACGCAGUAAUCCUCACGAGGAUAGGUUGCUGUCUCUCCGGUCGAUGACUGCAUCAGCUCCCUCUUUGCUUGAGCUGUACUUUUGGUUUGUUUCCCCCUAUAGUUAAUGCUUCCCAAGACUCUCUUUAAGGCUCUCCUCAAUCUCUCCUCUCCUUUUCUUUUUUUGCUCUUUGUAAUAAGUUGUGUUUCCUCACAACAUUGUAAAACUCAGAAAAUGGUUAUAAAUCUUAACAUUUAUACCAAAAAAAAAAAAAAAAUCCUCACGAGGAUCCAAGGCAAAUUCUUUAGAUUCUAAAUACAUAUUUAUUUAUUUUUAAUAUUUAAAUUAUUUCAAUACAUAUAUAAAAUUGUAAAAUCUAAAUUAUUAAAAAAGAGACAUCAUAAAAAUAACUUAUAGGCCAUAUGUUUUUGGGAAAAUUGCUAAAAGAGAACAAGAAAUCAGCAUAGUUGUCCCUAUAGUAUAAAUCUAACCUCAAGUAGUCCCUAUAGUAUAAUGUUUUCCAUAAUACCAAAAGUAACUUUUAAUUAAUCUUAUUAAACAUAAUUAAUUUGGCUUUUUAUAAAAAAUUAAAAAUGAUUCGGUUUAAUAAAGUUACCGAAAGGGAAAAAAAAGGAAGAAAAGGGGCCAAAAGCUUGAUUUCCCUAACCCUAACAUCGUUGGUCUCUCCGCCCCUCUCUUUCACGGCGAUAAAGAUGGCGAUUGUGUCUUAUCCGUUGUGCUCCCUCCGGUAAAAUCAACGACGGAACCCACCGAAGCUUCUCUCUCCACCUCUGCAUCUCUCUGCUACUCUCCGCUUCUCUCCACCUCUCUCCGCCUCUCGCCGCCUCUCCGUUUCUCGCCACCUCUCUGCUUCUCUCCGCCUCUCUCGGCGUCUCUCCUCCUCUCGCCGCCUCGUCGGUUCUCUCCACCUCUCGCCGCCUCUCCGCUUAUCGCCACCUCUCCGCUUCUCGCCGCUUCUCUCUGAUUCUCUUCACCUCUCCGCUACUCUCCGCCUCUCUGCUUCUCGUCGCUUCUCUCCAUUUCUCUCCACCUUUUGGCUUCUAUCCCCGUCUCCGCCUCUCUCAUCCGGCUAUCUGUUCUCAAUUUGCGAACGGUUUGUUUCUUUGAUUUGUCUUAGUCUUUGUUUCAUUAUUAAGUUUGUUACUUUGACUUGGAUCAAUAUUUGUUUGCUUGUGUGGAUUGACUUUUUGAUUAUGUGAACCGAUUUUAUUGAACAAUGUUAGUGUUUGUGUUUGUCUUUGUGAGUGUUACGAUACUGAUUUCGUUGAACAAUGUUAUUGUUUGUGUUCGUGACUGUUACGAUACUGAUUUCGCUGAACAAAGUUUGUGUGUAGUUGACUGUUAAUUGUCUUAGUUUGCUGAUUUGUUUGCGAGAUGAAGAUUGACUAGUUUUAAUUUGAUUAAUCGAUCUACUGUGUUUCUAAAUUUAAAUUUGAUUAGACAAUGGUGUUUGCUUUUGAUUAUUAUCUUGUGUUUGGCUCAGUUUCACUCUUACGCUUGUUUCGGACGUUUGCGUGUUUAUGCUUUGAUGUGAUGUCUUUUGGUGUUAACAACCAUGUGUUUUAUUAUCUUUUGUAGAUAUGGAGCUGGAGCUACCCAAACGAUUGUAUGCAUAGGGUUCAGAACCUCGGGUUAAGAAGAUCAACAACAGUUGCCGCAUGGAACUUAUCAGAGAUCUGAAGAAAGCUAUGUGUGCAGAGUACGAUGAUGUGAAGAGAGAUCCUGUUUUCACACAUAUCAUGGCUAUUGCCGAAAAUGAUCUCAAGUUCUCCGGGAAACUAGUGGAUAGCUUCAUAUGUAGGCAGCUGAUUACCUCAAAGCUGCAUGAGAAGUGGUUUGUUUUUGCGAGGACGCCUCUCCGGUUUUCGCUUCAGGAGUACCAUGCCGUGACAGGGCUCAAGAUUACACGGGAAACUAACAGUGACGUAGUGAAAUGGAAAAACGACAGGGGUUUUUGGAGUAAUCUACUGCACACAGGUGGUAAGAUCACCUUGCAGUCGAUCAGAAAGGUUCAUCUACAAAAAGUUCACACCUGGACUCGGCUUGAUAGGAUGAGGUUGAUCUACUUGUGUGUAAUAGUGGGUGUGGUGAUGGGGAGAGAUGAGAAGGUGUACAUCCCUCAUAUGUACAUCAAGUUGGUGAUGGAUUUUGACAAGGUUCGGAAGUUCCAUUGGGGUCUUCACUCGUAUGAUAUCCUGCUGAGUUCGAUUGAGAAGGCUAGGAAGAAGUUGGGUAAGAAGGAGAGCUACAUUUUCGAGGGUUUCUCCUAUGCUCUCCAGAUUUGGAUUAUGGAGGCAAUUCCUGAUUUUGGAGAAAUUUUAGGCAGAAGAGUCUCAGACAGCUUCGAAGGUCCAAGGUGUGGCAAUUGGAAAGGAGUUGCAAAAGUUUCUUAUGAAGACAUCAUUGAGCUCGAGGACUCCUUAACUAAGAAGGAUAACUUCUUCUCGGUCAUAUCAGUGACUGGUAAUGGUGAUGUGUUUCUAGAUGCUCAGUACACAAGGGAGGGUGAGAUGGAAGAUGAACGAGUGGACCUUGUUUUGGAGAGGAUCAGGAACAAGUAUGAUUGGAGCAGCACAGACUGGCCAGUUUUAGACCCUGAAGAGACUAAAAUGGAGGAACCCGAUAGCCAUGAUAGAGGGUCAGAAGCUGAUAAGAGCGUGGAUCAUACGGAUGUUGUAGCAGACGAGGAGACCUCUUUGGUUAAGGUUGCAGGAAAAGGCAAGAGAAAGUUUCUUGAUGAAGGAGCAGAGACAAGAAAGAAGAAGGUGCUGUGUAAGCGAUCAGCAGAAAAGUAUCUGACUUUUGGUCUUGAAACUAAGAGUUUCAUUGAGGGUCUUAUCCGCACAUCUGUCACUUCAUUGGGGGAUGUGCUCAGCAUGCAAAUAGCGAAUAUGGAGAGGGUGUUUACAGAGAGGAUGGGGAAGAUGGAGAUUGAGGUUUCACAGCUCAGGGACACAAUCAGUUUGACUGGUGAAGGAAGCUAUCCUAGUAAGAAAGAAACUGAAGAAGCUCCACUGAACAGCAAAGCCAAGCAAGCUCCACCUAAGAGCAAAGGCGGUCAAGCUCCACCUAAGAGCAAAGGCGCUCAACCUCCACCUAAGCGCAAAGGCGAUCAACCUACUGCAACAAAAAAGGUACUACCUAAGAGAAAGUGUAGAACUUGAUGAACCUGGAACUAGGAUGCUUGAGUUAGGGUGCUGGAGCUAGGCUUUUGGAACUUCAUAUUGACUGUGUAAUAUUAUGUAAUAUGGAAUGUGAAACUUUGUGUAAUAGGUUUCUAAAGUGUAAUAUGUUUGAAUGUUUGUGUAUUAAACUCUAUGAAUGUAAUGAUUUGUUUGUGUUAUGAAUAAAUGGCUUCUUCUUAUAUGCAAUGUUUUAAAUUUUAAUGAAUAGGACGGGAAAAAGAUUGCUACAGAAACUAAUGAUUUUGAUUUUGGAUUGAGUACACAAGACUUGCGGGACCUGUCUCAAGCUACAUUUGUUGAGGGUUUUGAUCUGUCUCAAGUGAAAGUUGAGACGUCAAGUAAAUCGAAACCGUUUAACAUGGCUCCACUGCAGUGGAAUGAUGAAGAAAUAGAUCGAACCAAAGAAGACUCGCCAGAUGCCGCGUUGGUGUUUUUCCGUGAAGAGGAUUGGGAAAAAGUUAGAACUUGGUCAACUUCCUCCACGUAAGUACUCUAUUCUCAUUCAACUGUCAUGUAUUGAUACAUUUUAAAUAAAAUAUUUAAAUGUUUCACAAUUUUUUCAUUGUAUUUGGUUUCAGACUUAUACGGAUUGGACCUGCCACUUUAGAUUUUGAGAUUGCUAAUCGUCUUAUGGAUAAAUCUGAGUGGUUAAAUAGCAUGGUAAACCUUAGAGACUAUUAGCUUCCAUUUGUGUCUUUUAAAUACAUUGUGUGUGCUAAGAUUUUCAAAAUAUGCAGGAGAUUGACGCUGCAAUGUACGUAUUCCGGGAGAGAACAUCUUUGAAACGAUGGAGACCUCAUCGUGUCGCCUUCAUGACUGUCGUCUUCAGCAAUAUGAUUAAAAAAGACUAUGGUCAUUUAGAAGCUCAGGGUAGAAAGAGCUACAUGCUUCAUAAUUUGCUACUUCAGUACGGUAAAGGAGUCCUUCCACCACAUGGCAGGACACAUGAGAUAUGGAAUAUAGAUGUGGAUCGCCUUUAUGUCCCUGUUCAUGUCAGUGGGAAUCAUUGGAUCGACUUGUGCAUCAGCUUCGUGACAAGGAGCAUUGAUGUGUUCGACUGCUCGGGUAGGAAAAGGUACAAGGAGGUGGAUGGGUUCGCAAACCUUAUUCCGCGUAUUGUCAAGGCAGUUCAGCCUAUGAGACACCAGAAGGAUUUUGCAGUCGGUGCAUAUACUGUCUCCUAUGUCCCCGUUGGGAAUCUGAAUAAAAGUGCAUGUGACUGUGGCGUCUAUGCAGUGAAGUUCAUUGAGUGCCAUGCGCUUGGAUUGGAGUUGUCGUUGUUGCAUGAUGGUGCAUAUACUGUCUCCUAUGUUCCCGUUGUACACUCUGCUCGAACACACCAAUUGCAUGCAUUAUCCUCACAUCUAACGUACCAAAGUUGUCUAUCCGUUUUGAUAACCUCAUAGUGAAAGUUAUGCUUCAUUGCACAUAUCUCGAAAGUCGCCUUCAGCAAAGUUUUGUUCUCAAACAAUUGUCCCUUCUUAACAACAUUGAGCCCAGAAAACUUUGACAUCUUAUGUAUGUCCUCUUUGGCCGAGAUCAUGGUAUCGGCAUGAUAGGCAUCCUCAUCAACUUCGACUCUUCUAAUCUUUUCUUUCUUUUUCUCGCACUGCCUCUCAACAAACACAGGAGCUGGUUCAUUCCCCCUAUCAACCGAGUUUCCCUCCUCUUGAGCAGUACUUGAAUCAGCUGGCGACUUGUUAAGAUCAAAGUCUGGUUCAUUCAGAUUCUCAACUUUGGCUUUAGAUGUUACACACAAUCGAGUAGAAACAGACUUUUGAACAAAACCAAAAAAUUUCUGAAGCUGUCGAUCAUUUGCAAUGAUCACAGGUGGACAAGUUGAUGUAUUGAUCAACUCAUUAGGUAGAUAACUCAACUCCAAAUCGGGUAAGCUAUCUUCUUCCAUAUCAAAAUCUUCCAAAACCAUUCUUUUAAAAACCUCUAAGGUAGAACUUGAUUCCAAUAACAGUAGCCUAGCCCCUCUCUCAUCAGCCAAAAAAACCCAUCCCGUGGUUGCUCCAAACUCCCAAACACCACAUGUUGUAUAGAUAUGCAUCAUAGAACAAGAGUUUGUGAAAAUCACAAGAUAAACUAUAGAGAAAUCAUGGGAAAAUCAUAGAUUGGUGAAGAAGAACAUUCAAAAUCGUUUUUUUUUUUAAUUUUUCACGAACCAAAUCAAUGAAAACACGUUUUAGGAAGUUAGAAUAUUUUGAGAAUAUUUUAAAAACUGCAACUUCCUUAAUUUUCGAAAAUUCAGUUUUUUUUUAUCCGUAGAAGGCACCUUCUACACUGUGUAGAACAUAACAAAAUUCCAGAAUGUAAUUUCUACACUAUGUGGACGUUCGUGUAUGUUUUAGAUUUUGCAUUCCUGAUAACUUAGAAUACUCAAUAAAAGUAGAAACAGUUUUCUGAAUAAAAGUAGCGAUCAUCACAAAUAGUAGAAUACGUAUUCCCCAUAUUUAUAAUUAUAGUAAAAAGUAGUUUGUACGUUCUAAAACAAGUAGAUGGAUGUCUUCAUUCUAGAAUUCAUUUUCUACGUAUCCGUUUUGUGUAGAAACAGAAUUCUACUUUUAGUAGAACGUAAUUUAAAAAUAUUAUUUAUUAUGUUUUUCAACCCAAAAAAAUAUGUGUUUGUGUAAAUGGAUGUAUUAUUAAUUGUUUAUAUUUUUAAUAAUUUUUUAUUUUUAUAACUAUUUAUUUCAUUAAUUUUAACAUAUGGAAAGGGUAAAAGGGAGAAAAAAUGGACAAAAAAAGUUUUAUACCAUAGGGACAACUAUGCUGUUUUCUUGUUCUCUUUUGGCAAUUUUUCCUU